AAUUCCUUCACGGGAAUGGUUGUCAGGGGUUAAAUCAGGGCGCUUUGUGUCCCCCAUCCCUGCAGGAAGGGCUGGAGGUGGCUCUGGGGCUGGGGACGCCGCAGCUCGGGCUCGGUGACCCUGGAGGCUUCUCCAGCCUCAGGGGUUCUGUGCUUUAAACGGAACAGAGUGUCCGAGCAUCUCCGACAUUAGCGAAAAUUACUGGUUCUGCUGGGCUUCCUUGGUGAACAAUGAAGGUUCUGCUGCUGAAGGAUCCCAAAGACAAAGAUUCAGGACCAGAUCCUUAUAUUAAAGAAUUAGGAUCAUACAGCUUGGAAGCAACGUUGAUCCCAGUUUUGUCAUUUGAAUUCACCUCUCUUGAGAGCUUAUUUGAGAAGCUUUCCCAUCCAGAGUGCUAUGGAGGCCUAGUUUUUACCAGCCCAAGAGCAUUAGAAGCCAUCAAGAUCUGUUUAAAAGAGAAGAGUAAGAAAGAGGCCUGGUCAAAAUCUCUUAAACAAAUGUGGAAUAUCAAACCAACAUAUGUGGUAGGAAAAGCUACAGCUUCUUUAGUGGAAGAAAUUGGUCUUGUUCCACAAGGAGAAAAGGCUGGAAAUGCUGAGAAAUUAGCUGAAUAUAUUUGUUCAAGAGAGAAACCCAAUUCCUCAGCUCUCCUAUUUCCUUGUGGAGCCCUGAAAAGAGAAGUGCUUCCUACAGUGCUUAGAGAAGAAGGCAUACCCCUGGAGAGCCUCACUGUUUACCAAACAGCCCAACACCCUGAUCUGCAGGAAUCUUUGAGCUGUUACUUCUCCCAAGAGGGGAUCCCUGCCAGCGUUGUGUUCUUCAGCCCAUCCGGUGUCAAAUUCUGCCUCCAGCACAUCCAGAAGCUUUCAGGGGAUUUGAUCAACCAAGUCAAGUUCGCUGCCAUCGGCCCCAGCACAGCAGAGGCGCUGCGAGGCGCCGGCAUCGCCGUGAGCUGCACUGCAGCGAGCCCCACGGCCCAGGACCUGGCUGCUGCCAUCCACGCUGCCCUGCAGCCACACAGCUGCUCUGGGCCCCACUGAGAGCACAGCCUGCCCAGCGAGCUCUGCGUGGUGCUCCAGGAGGGAUUUUGCAAUUUGCAGACCUGUCGUCCUGCAAGAACGCGGGUUUUGGGAUUAUGAAGCGCUGUCCUGGUCAGGGAUGGGUGUGGGAAGGUUGCACUUAAAUAUGUUAAGAAAUCUGGGAUCUGUCCAGCAUCCUUAAGGCAUCCAGCUCUUCCCCUUCCUCCUGUGUGCACUGUGAAUAUUUUAUCCUUGAAAAGCAGCUGUGAACACUGGGACACCGAAAUCAGCCCCACACCUCACCUCAGGUAUCCCCCAGCACACAGCUGGUUGGAUUUCUCUGUAUGAUCAGUUUUUACUUGCACAACUUCUUUUGUAGGAAAAAACCCUUAUUCCAAUGAAGUAUUUUCUUUUGUGAACUUGUUUGCUUGUUGUUCUGCUUUUCAGGUAUUUGUAUAAAAAUGUUAAUUGUAGAUUCUGAGUGGAACAGGAGAAUUCUUGCAGUGAAGUUGCUCUGUGUGGGGCUCGUUCAGGUCAGCUGUUGCCCCUUGUUACCCUAACAGGGUCUUAAAAAUUAGCUUUUGGUUUCUGUUCCUGUAAUGAAGGAUUUAUUAACAGGGAAAUAAACUGGCUUAUCAGAGUUAA